AUGGCUCUUGCCGUUGGAUCCAAUACCGCACAUGCGGAUGACAUGAUGGACAUCGACAUUGACAUGGAUCUUGGUGAUGGCGCCGUAAUCGACGACGAUUUCCAGCUCGAAGAAGGCGAAGAACCCUCAUUUGUGCCCAGCGGUCCUGCACCUACCGACACCUCGAAUGUCAUUCCCGCAAUCUAUACAGAAGAUCCAGCCACCGAGCCACAAUGGGAGAAGAUUCAUAUUCGAGGCGUUGACGAUAUGCAUACCAACGACAUUCUAGGAUUUGUCAACGACAACUUCCCGGAAGCUGAUGCGCAUGUUCAGUGGAUCGAUGAUACCUCCGCCAACAUUGUCUUCAAGACGAAAGAGCUAGCAAGAACGGCUAUUCUCAAUAUCGUAUUGCAACCCACGACCACUGAACAAAUCAGCGCCGCACCCUUCGAGCUGAGAACCGCAAAGGCUCUUGCGAGCAGACCCAGCAGCAUGCUCACGGUCAGAGUUGCUCAAGCCGGAGACCGAAAGAAGAAGAACGCACGUGAAGCUAGUCGCUAUUAUCUCAUGCAUCCCGACGAAGAUCCUACCGAACGUAUGCGACGUGAGUUCGCCAACGGACGCCGACGUCGCGACAAUGGAGAAUACGAAAGGCGCAGAUUCGAUGACCGCGAGCUCAGAAGAAGACGACACAAUCAGCCAGAAGAUACGAUGAACGACUUUAACGCGAGCAUGUACGACGAUGCACCCGAACCAGAACGCAAUGGUCGCGGCCGAGAUCUCUUUGCUGAAAGGCCUCGCCGCCGCAGUGCCAGUCCUGGAACUCGCAAUUCUGAUGAGAUCAACAUUUCCGACUCAGACGAAGAUGGCAGGCUGGUGCGCAGAAGGAAGAGCUAUCGCGACCGAACCGAGCGUCCACCGCCAUAUUCCAAACGCGAUCCUGCGCCGUUUCCACGCAACAACGAAGGCAAGGAACUGUUUGGUGGCUCUGAUCGGACUGAGGGUGGACUGCAUUCUGAUCGAAUAGAAGCACCUACACGCCCUGCCGCAUCUGACAACCGUGAAGCGAAUGCUGCGGUAGCCAAGCGGAUGCGAGAUCACCUUAUGAGUGCCGCACAAACCAGUCCCAGAGGCGGUCACAGACGCAGCAGAGCAAUGGAUGCGAAGAUUGAGGAGGAUCUAGUCGAGCGCUUUGGCCGAAAGUCAGUGUCUAUGGACUCUACCAAGUCAGGCGUGGAGCUGUUUCCCAGCAAUGGCAUCAGCAUCAAGGGUUCUGCGAACGGUGGUGGUGGUGAACUGAAUAUCAAGGGCCGGGCCGAUCAAGUGAAGGAGCUCUUCCCGGAGAGGUACAAGAAUAACGUUGGGCGGGAGCUAUUUGAUGAGCCCGUGCGGGAGAAGCGUCCAAGGCGAAGGGCAGGCGACUUGUUUGACUAA